UACGGUCGCAGAGCCCAGUUCUCAUCACUAGAUGACAGUGUCUGCACUGUCAUUAAUGGCUUUGUGCGACUAGUUUAAUGGAAGCGCGCCUCAUUUUGAAGGCAACAGCGCCACCUACUGAGCUCUGAUAAUGAUGACAUUGCUUCAUGAAGCUUCGGAACAAGUGUAGUUACAAAUAAAGUCAGUCACUUUAUGAGUGUUUGUAGAAGUUCCUCCUCCUUUCAUUGUCACCAAAGUCUCCAGUGCAAAAAUCAAGGAGAAUGCAGUCCAACUUUUCUCUUCCGUAUUUGAAAAGAAAAGGGGAAAAACUAAUCUCUUUCGCUUGUCAAUCAAGGAUAUUAUCCUGUGAGCAGCAGGCGGCGCCUUAUUAUGCAAAAUCAAACAAGACUGUGGAAUUGAGUUCGGUGUCCCAGAGAAACAAAAGCAAACACAGAAUGGAGACUCAUAUUGAAGAAGGUUUUUCAAAGUUUGCCUGAUAAAACGGAGAACGGUUUAGGCAAGCAUGUGCGCGAGAAUCCGAGCGAUCACUUCUUUCUUAUGCAUUUAUUUGUCGAUUUAUUUUCAUAUUUUAAGCCGCCAAAUUUUAAGAAAGGUGAUGAGCGGCGCGCUGUAUCUGUGUCAAUAGUCAAAGAAGCUAAAUCCCGAAGGGGGAAGGAACUGAUGCAAACAUCAAAACACAAUGGAACGCUGUGUUGGAACAUGAAAAAUCCUUGAACUUAAAUGAAGAUACUAUUUAGUAGUUGUUGUGCGGUAGUAGUUGAAGGUGGCGCGCUAGAGUCCUCUAGUGGACAGAUGGUGCAGUGCAGUGACGCGCAUCCAAACGCAGUCAUGAGUCACAGUCCACUAUUAAUCCACCACAGAAGUUCAGCACUCGCCUUGAGCGACUGUGAAUGUGCGAUAGUGAAAACAGUGUCCUUGUUGUUGACAUCUUCGACAAGAAACGUGUGUUAUUUUUGAUGAGUUAUACGCCAGAGCGGCGGCACUGCCAGGAAGACGUAAAGUAGUCAGGCUUCCACGCAGCAAAUCACUCCAGAAUCCCCCAUAAAACGCAAGUGCAGGAAGUGAAUAAUGAUAAUGGAAUUGUGUAACUAUAGUGCCAUGAACAGCUUCAUCUUCUGCCACCAUUCAUCACUCCAUAGCAGAGGUUUUGGUGCUCAUUACAAGACAAGGCGACUGAAUGAGUUUAUUAAUCUUCAUCUAUGUCGAUGUUUAACUGGCUCCAUGUAUUUUCUAGAUGAAGCUUGAGUCAUGGGAGCAGCAGUUGGACAAAAGAGGCCCAAAAACCUAGCUCCUCUCCGGAAAUGCCUAGUCUUCCCAGCAUGCCUUCCCCCAAAACACCAACACCAGGGGUGCGUUGAGUGGGCGCGUCUUCCUCUCACCUGUGGAUUUAAACUCAUCAACCCCGUCCUGUCUCCUCACUGGGUUUGCUGCUCAGCAAGUUGCCACCAUGAAUUCCGGGAUGCCGUACAUCGGCUGUAAAAUGCGGCUAAUUUCCAAAGCUCAGAAUCGCUACGAGGGGAUUUUAUACACGCUGGACAAAGUCAACUCCACCGUGGUGCUGGCGAAAGUGAAAUGUUUUGGGACUGAGGGGCGUCCCACUACCAUCCCCACCCCACCUAAAGAUGACGUGUAUGAGUACAUUACCUUCCGGGGGAGUGAUAUAAAAGACAUAGCUCUGUGUGAGCCUCCACACCGUGGCCUUCCUCUGGACCCUGCUAUCAUUCAGUCUUCUAGAGUGGCUGCUCCCUGUGUUGACAGUAGUCAUGGAAGUUUCUCGCCCCUAAGGAUGUCUCCGUACAACCAGCUGGCCGCUCUUCUCAGUCAGCAGUACGCCGCGGCCUUUGGCCUCGGCAUGCAGGUGAGGCGGGGGCCUAUGGUGGAGAAGGCUGUGCAGACACAACAGGUGGACAGGCAGCAGAGAGGUGUGGCUCUGUCACCAGAGCAGCACUGGGACAGAAGACUUCAACUCCAGCGACCUGUCCACCCUCAACGUGGCACAAUGGAGACCACGCAGCCCAGAAGAAGCGCGAGAGUUCAGAUGAGAUCUGGACCUGGCAUGUCUGGUGCUCGACCCAGUGAUGAGAACAGGCCGCCUGCGUCAAGACAAGGAGCACGCCGACGUCGGCCCCGCAGAGGUCAGCUGAUGGCCCCAAAAGUUUCAUCUGCCACUCUGAAGUUUGACACGGAUUUCGAUUUUGAUUCUUCGAAUGCAAAGUUCAUCAAAGAAGAGUUGAAUAUGGUGGAGAGGGACGGCACAAAGCAGAACGAUGAAAACGCUGACUUGUUGGAAACCCAGAGGGAGGAAUCCGACCCAAACUCUGAGUUUGACAUUUUGGGACCAAAUUGCUACUACGACAAGGCAAAAUCCUUCUUUGACAAAAUCUCUUCUGAUAAUAAAGUCAGGUUGACGUGGGCUGAGGAAAGGAAGCGGAACUUGGAGACUUUUGGGGUGCCUGGACGCUUUGUGAGGAGCCAGAUCUUCAGAGGAGGCUAUAGCGGACGCAGAGGCAGGGGAGCUGCCAGACUGACACAGAGAACCAGGAAUGGGCGUCUGUGAAAAGCUGUUUGCUUGGGAUUCUCUACUUUAUAUUGUACAUAGCCUCUAAACACUGCAUGGAAUUAUGAGUAAAACUGAAAUUGUCCAUAAGGAGUCCAAGUUCUUUGUUUUGCAAAGAAGAUAGUUGGUGGAGAACCAAAUAAUAGAAUAUAAACAUAGACAUUGAGUCAUGAAAGUGUGUGGAUCUGUACUGAAAUGAAUAAACUUGAUAUUUUUAGAUGUACUUUAAAGAGAGACAUAUUUUCAGGGGGUUACUGAAGGCAGUGAGU